AUUCACUUCAAUCCAUGUCAUUCCCACUCAAGAACAAUAGCAACAAUUCCAGUAGAUAACAAGAGAAUGGCGGAGUUUCUGGGUAGUGGAUCGAAGUCCGAUCUGGGGGAUCCCACCCACGAGAUCAGGCCCAGAUCAUUCCCCUCACUGCUACCCCAAAAACUCCUCUGUUUCAGAUCUAUACCAAUAAGACAAGGCGCAGCAGAGUCGAUGGAAAACUGAGAAGGCCAGCGAUUGAGAGGAGAGGAGGAAAAUCCCCAGAAGGUUGUUCGGCUGCUGUGAGACAGAGGAGACGACUUGCAGCUGCUGUGAGGCGAAGGCGAGCAAAUCUGGAGAUUGAAUUCGGCUAGAAUGAUGAUAAUCGGAAAAAUGGUAGAGCCGAGAGAGAGCCCGUGGGUGAGCGGUGAUGAUGGAGGACGCCGAUGUGCAGACGGGAAGAGAAUUCCUUGAUCCAAGUGGAGAAGAUGAUUUUGAUGGUCGGAGAAGAAACCAGGAAUGUUCCGGCUGUUGGAGAUGAAAGGGGUUCUCUUCGAGCUCCAAGAUCUGUGUAUAAGGAAGAAAAAGGGAGCGAGCCUCGACUGAGGGUGUGAAGAGGUUGGUAAUGGUAGCUGAAAUCAGUGAUCGAGAAAGGAGAGAGAUCUACAGCUUCUUUUUUCUUUUGUUUCUGCAGCGCCCUUGGUUCGUUCGUCCUUCCAGAGAAAGGAAACUAGGGUUUAUUGUUGGGUUUGGGCUGAACUUGGUUUAGUGUUUUUGGGCUGAUUUUUGAUGGAGUUAGGCCAUUUGAGAUGAGUUUGAGUUGUAAAUGGGCUGAACUUUAAGACCUUU